AUGGAUCUUGAGGAGUGCAAGAAAGCGAAGGCCAAGGCCAAGUUCCAUGUCACACGAAAUCGAAACUUGUUGCUCAGCAGGAUCUACGAAGAGGAUGCGACCUCGAAAGAGAUCAAGAGGUUGUUGGAUGACGUGACUGAGAGUGUUCACAACGCUGUGGAUGUGUGUCUAAAACUGGUAACGCGGUACGCAGAAUUAGGACUACCCACAGAAAAAGUGCACGAGGAGAUAGAGGUCAUCAACGUCGACUACAGCGAUGCUGUCAGCAAGACCAGCGACGUGCUGGCAGAAAUCAGCAAGAGGCCAAGUCGAGCCAGAACGGGUGAAAGUUCGCCAGCUUCCAUCACCAGAGCCAAGAACAUAAGAUUAGUAAAGGCAAUGUUGACGCAGAGCUUGGAGAAUCCCAGAGCAAGUGGGAGGAUGUUGACACCGCCACACUCUCCUAGCAAGGCCCUUGAGGAAAAACAGAACAUGUGUGCUGAGAAGAGUCUCAGUCGUUUUGGGAAUGUGUCUGCAUCCAGUGUCAGCCAGAGUGCGACUGUUGAGAGGACUACCCAGCCGCCUGCCGUUUCCUCGGGAGCACCUCUGGGAGCAAAUGCAUCGGCACUCCCCCUGGGAACUCCAAGUGGUGACCAUCGUGAUAGACAGGACGAACCGCCUGGGGCUGACAUGGCAAGCUUCAGUGACAGCCAGCCAAUUGUGUCGUCGUCAAGUGCAACCAUGGCAACCAAUGUGAGUACAGACAAGUCACGCACAAUCAAGGUGUCCUUUCCGGUCUCUUUGUCGUCUGUACCUACGUUACCGUUUACGGCGGAGCUCUUGUCAAAAGUUCACCCGGUUGCCAUGGCAACCGCCGAAACCAUGGCAACACCGCUGAACAUUGGUCAUCAGUCUGCAGGGAGUAACCAGGCAAGUGGCAUUGCUCAGUCUGGCGUGCAGCAGGCACCGGUAUCUACGUCGGCAGCUUCGGCAAGAAACGGAAUCACUGCCCCUAACCGUAGUUCAAGUGGGGUCAGUGUACCACCCAGAGCAUUGUCGGCCACGACCAUACUCGUACAGUCAGGCCAGACGCAACCAACUCGUGCAGUGCAGCCUCCUCGUGGGAUGCAACCAACUCCAGCUGUGCAGCCUCGUGCAGUUGCAAGUCAUACUCUCUCGGCUUCUACACCUGCAUUUGUGCCGGGAUCAGGAAAUUUGUACGUUCCACCGCCAACCCAUUCUGGACAUCCAUUCUCAUUUGGAACACCACCGGGUUUCUUGUCGGCACCCGACUUCCCGACGCACGUCUUGCCGAAUCAGUCUGGAAUAAUGUCUACCCCACCAGCGACCCAACCGGUCAUGCAACAAAUACCAGUUGGUCAGCCAGGUCACGCAUCAAACCGUGAAGAUUAUGGUCUUGUGCAGCCGAGCAGUCUUCCAGUUGCCAUGACAUCGCCGAGUGGUCUACCAGUGCAAGCGAGUAGUUCUGGUAGAAUCGAAUUGUACCGACAUUUAGAGAAAGUGUCAAUUCCAACGUUCAAGGGCGACAAGCGGCAAUAUGAGACGUGGAAGGCGGCGUUUGAGAUGUGCAUUGGCUGCGCUAACAUUCCGGAUGGGCUGAAGUUAUUGCAGCUCCGGAAAUACCUCGCGGGCGAUGCACUACGGUCUAUCGACACUCUUGGCUACUCGGCCGAGGCGUAUGAGGCAGCACGACGUAGGCUGGAACACAAGUUCGGUGGUCAGCGACGUCUAGUUGCAGUGCAUCUAGAAGCCCUUGAGAAGUUCCCAGCGAUGAGAUCUGCAAACGCCCAGGAGUUGGAGCGUUUUGCGGAGCUACUCGAUGUCGCUGUGGUGAAUUUGAAGGCGAGUGGUCAGACACAGGAGUUGGCUAACGGGACAUUUUAUGUCCGGCUAACACAGAAGCUGGGGGUGUCUCUUCUGCUGAGCUACCAGAAGUGGAUACACCAGACAAGCACCUCUGAAUCUGUCGAAGCGCUUCUGCAAUGGGUGGAGCUGGAAAGCGAGUUCCAAGUACGAGCCCAGGAGACGAUCCAAGGUAUCUCCACGGCAACUCCAGUAGGGUCCACUCAAACAGCAAAGAGUCACCCGCUGAAGGGCCAGGCCAGUCAUGGUGGAGUGAAGCAUCAGGCAUUCUUCGCUGACAAGCCCAAGAAGGCCCAGAGCAGCAGCAGUUGCCCGAUCUGCACGAAGAUCCAUCCCGUUUGGAAAUGCCUAGAGUAUCGGAAGCUGUCAAUUGCAGAGCGUUGGCAGAAGGCCCGGACGCUCAAGCUUUGCUACCGUUGCCUCAACUCUGGUCAUUUGGGAAAUAACUGUCCCAGGUCGCAGCCCUGUGGUGCAGAUGGUUGUACAGAGACCCACAACGCGUUGCUGCACGGAAAGUCUAGUACUACUACAGACUCGAAUGGAGCCUCACAGAAGCCAGUGCUCCAGUCUAGCGCCUCCAGGGAGGGGGGUGACACCAGUUCCAUGGCCACACAUAUGAGUAGUGUCGGCGUUAGAGCUGUCGCACUGCGAACCGUUCCCGUCAUACUUCGCCACGGCGACAAGAAUGUCACGGUCAACGCGCUGCUGGACGACGGCAGCACGCAGUCUUACCUUAAUUGCGACGUUGCGGCACAGCUAGAGCUUAGCGCUCCCACACAAGAAGUGUCAGUGAGCACGCUGAACGGCCGCAUCGAGACCCUAGAGACCAUGCCAGUCGACUGCCACAUCGAGAGUCUGGAUGGCAGAUUUAUCACACAGUUCUCUGCUCUGACGGCCAAGAAUGUCACCGGUAACCUUACACCUCAUGAUUGGUCGGUAGAUCAGACACGGUAUCCGCACCUCAACGGCAUUGAGUUUCCGCAAUGCCAGAAGAAGCGAGUAGAGGCGCUGAUCGGCCUUGACCACGCUAGUCUCCACAGGUGCAUGGAGGAAGUCUAUGGUGAGGCUCAUGAGCCAUUCGCACGCAGAACGCCACUCGGGUGGACAUGCGUUGGCAGGACCACCAGACCGCAACAGACGACAAAUUUCACCCGCACGUACUUCGGAAAGGACGUCGACCUGAAUGCACUGGUGAGAAGGAUGUGGGAGGUGGAGGAACUUUCCCAGUCGUACGAAUUCUGUGCAGAUGAUCAAGCCGUUUUUGAUCAGACGGUCCAGUCGAUGACCUACAAGAACGGAAGAUACCAGGUUUCGGAGCCGUGGAUCAAGAGACCACCUCCGGACAACUACAGUCGAGAAACUGCAAUGAAGCGGCUCAUCGCAGCAGAGAGACGCCUGGCGAAGGAGCCAGACAUCGCUGAGGAAUACCGAACCGUGAUUCGCCGUCACUUAGAACAAGGGUAUAUCAGCAAGAUCAGCAACGCAAGUGAUGGCGACGGCUGGUAUCUGCCGCACUUUGCUGUUGUACGGCCUGGGGCUACAUCCACAAAGGUGCGUGUGGUCUUUGAUGCAGCAGCAAAGACGAAAGGCAAGUGUCUGAAUGACUACAUCAGCACUGGGCCCAAACUACAACGGGACCUCACCGACGUUCUCCUGCGGUUUCGGCGACACCCAAACGCACUGGUAGCCGACGUGGCAGAGAUGUAUCUACAAAUCGAGUUGGAAGAGGAUGACCGACAGUUCCAUCGAUUUCUUUGGCGAGAAGAUACGGAGGACCAACCGGCCGUUUACCAGUACAAUAGAGUGGUGUUCGGGAUCAAUGCAUCUCCAUUCUUAGCUCAACUGGUCUCGCAAGAGCAUGCGCGGCGGAACCAGGAGGAGUUUCCUAUGGCAGCAGAAACCGUGUUGAAGUCCACGUACAUGGACGAUUCAAUGGACUCGACAAAGUCAACAGAGCUAGCGAUUCAGCUGUACCACGAGCUUACGGCGCUGUGGGGUCUCGCUGGAAUGCAUGUGCGAAAAUGGAUUUCCAACAAUGUUGAGGUGCUCGCCGAAGUCCCCGAGGAGGACCGAGCCAAGGAAGUGGACCUCGCUAAUGGAAUCCUGCCGACGACCAAGACUCUCGGAGUUAAGUGGCGAGCAGAGGAAGACGAGUUCCUGAUUCAUGUCAAGCCGCCAUCAGACAUUGUCACCAAGAGAGCGUUCUUGAAGAACCUAGCCACAUUGUUUGAUCCGAUCGGAUUCGUACUGCCAUUCACCAUAGUUGGUCGGAUGUUGUUCCAGAAGAUGUGGCUAGCAGGUGCUGACUGGGACGACUCUCUGCCGCCAGAGCUAGGCGCAGAGGCGCAAAAGUGGUGUGCCGACAUGGAUGCACUCCAGGAUGUCCGAGUUCACCGGUGUCUUCAACGCGAUGAGGAGGUGGUGGAGACUCAGCUACAUGUAUUCUGCGAUGCCUCGCAAGAUGCAUAUGGAGCAGUCGCUUAUCUCUGUCAUGUGUACCAGGAUGGUACGAGGUCCAGUCGAUUCGUCAUGGCUCGAGCCAAAGUGGCACCGUUAUCAGCUGUUAGCAUCCCCCGACUCGAGCUAAUGGGAGCAGUCAUCGGAUGUCGUCUUGGUGUGUCCGUAGCCAAGACACUCGCCAUCGCAAUGGAGAAUGUCGUGUUCUGGAGUGACAGCAUGGAUGUCCUGUGGUGGAUAAGGAACAGCAGCCGGGUCUUCAAGCCAUUCGUGGCCAACCGCGUCGGUGAGAUCCAGGCUUCUUCCUCGCCUAGUCAGUGGUUCUACGUUCCGACGGCGGUGAAUCCAGCUGACAUCCUGUCACGAGGAACAUCAAGCGCUACUAUCGCGAUGAAUGUGCUGUGGUGGAACGGUCCGUCAUAUCUCGUUCAGAGCAUCGAAGAACGGCCACAGCAGCCCGAGGGAUUCAACGUUCCAGCUGCACCAGAGGUCCGCACGAAAGCCAAACCACCCGAAGAAGCCACGCAGAGACAGUAUGGUCAGCUGACGGUCGAGGAAGUCGAAGACACUCUCCAGGCCGUUAUUCGGUCAAGCCAGAAGGACGCCUUUGCUGAAUAUUCGUCACUGCAGAAGGGCAAACCAUUACCGGCAACCAGUCCACUGAGCAGCCUGACCCCGUUCUUGGAUGAAGUUGGUGUGAUGAGAAUGACAGGACGGCUCCAAGAGGCACAGUAUCUCAGUCAAGACGCCAAGCACCCGAUCAUCUUGCCGCGGUCUUGCUGGAUAACACAGCUAGUGAUCAGAGACCAGCAUGAGGCAGACCAUCACGUCGCAGGUACAGCUCACACUAUGGCAGUCCUCAUGAGGAAACAUUGGAUCGUGGCGAUUCGAGAAGCCAUCCGGGAGUACGAACGUUCCUGUGUGAAAUGUCAAUUUCGUAAAGCACAACCAGCCACGCAGAUCAUGGCACCAUUGCCCAAGAUCCGGUUGAAGGAGCCUCUCCACGCUUUCAGUCGCGUGGCCGUAGACUUUGCUGGACCAUUCGCAACAGUACAGGGUCGAGGGCAACGACGAGCUAAGCGGUACUUGUGCGUCUUCACCUGCUGUCUUUGUCGUGCUGUGCAUCUGGAAAUGGCCACAGGUUUGGAUACCGACAGCUUUCUGAACGCCUUUCAACGAAUGUGCAACCGCCGUGGUGUUCCUGCUGAAGUGCUCUAG